AUGGAUGUUGGUAUACAGCGAGCUCUGAACGACAAACUUUACGACAAACGGAAAGUUGGAGCACUUGAACUCGAGCGCGUCAUCCGCGAGUUGGUCGUCACCAGAGACUAUUCGAGAGUGCAAGCCAUCCUCGAGCAGCUAUGCAAUGAGUUUGCUUACGCUGUUCACCAGCCCCAUGCCAGAAAUGGAGGUCUGAUCGGCCUGGCUGCCGCUGCCAUCGCACUUGGUCCUGAACUGCCACGUUAUUUGGAAAAGAUAGUGCCUCCAGUCUUGGCAUGCUUUACGGACCAAGAUGCCAGGGUGAGGUACUACGCCUGCGAGGCCAUGUACAACAUUGCCAAGGUGGCCAAAGGGGAGAUCUUGAUAUACUUUAAUGACAUAUUCGACGCUCUCUGCAAGCUUGGAGCAGACUCAGAGUUAUCCGUCAAGAACGGCGCUGAACUGCUCGACAGACUCAUUAAGGACAUUGUCUCCGAGUCAGCUGCAUCCUACGUAUCCGUCUUGGAAGGAGAGUUGGGCCAGGAAUUCACCGACAAAGCAGACGCUGAGGAUCGCCCUCCUCCGCCGACCGCCUUCUCCUUACGCCGCUUCAUACCUCUUCUCCAAGAACGUGUCUGGGUUAUCAAUCCCUUCACUCGCCAAUUCCUUGUUGGCUGGAUUACACUGCUCGAUUCUAUCCCCGAUCUCGAGCUGGUAACAUUCCUACCUGACUUCUUAGGCGGUUUGCUCAAGUUCUUGAGUGAUCCCAAUCGAGACGUUCACGUUGCCACCCAGUCUUGCCUAGAUAAGUUUCUCAGCGAGAUCAAACGGAUCUCGAGAGUUAAGAAGGGCAUUGCAGAGAGCAAAAAGUCUCGAGAGGGCGGGAAACGCAAACGUGAGGAGUCUGUCGAUUCAGGAAGUGUUCAAAUUGAGCCCGAAGACGGCGAUGAAAUCACUUCACACAGCGAUGAUGAGGGUAGUGGCGAGGAGGACUGGAUACCAGGUCAAGAUGUCCAAAUCAACUACCGAAAAAUUCUUGAGAUCCUUACAGCUACGCUCGACUCACCCCUUGAAGAAGAUUCCCUGCUGGAAUCUCUGCGCUGGAUUGUCGAGUUUUUGGACAUUUGCCCUGAAGAGGUGUUGCCGUUCACCCCCAAAGUCCUGGCUCAUAUGCUUCCUGCUAUGGCCAGCGGCGUCGAAUCCAUUCGCCAGGCUGCCGCCCGUGUCAACGCCGGCCUAAUGGACUAUGUUGUUUCGCUGUCAGACGAGCCCGGAAUCGGGGGGCUUUCCCACUCUAACACUCGCAUACCUCUUUCCAGUGAGCGCCAAGAUGGAGCGUCUAGUGCACGCGCUUCUCUUUCUAGCUCUCGGGAUUUGGAAAUGAGAAGCCCGACUCCUGCUCAGGGACAUAACCGGUCCCUCUCAACACCAAACCCACCUUCUUCGACCGCUCAUCCCCAGGUUGACUUGGAUUAUGCCGCAGCGGUCAACGCGCUCACGUUGCUAUUCCUCAAUGAUCAUGAGGCAACCCGGGUUGCCGCGCUAACGUGGCUGAUCAUGCUCCACAGGAAGGCGCCUCGCAAAGUGCUCGCCUUCAAUGACGGAACCUUUCCGGCGUUGCUCAAGACACUUUCAGACCCAGCUGAGGCAGUAGUAACCAAGGAUCUACAAUUGUUAUCACAAAUAUCUCGCAACAGCGAAGAUGACUACUUUUCCAACUUUAUGGUCAAUCUGCUUCAGCUCUUUGCUACCGACAGAAAGUUGCUUGAGACUCGCGGAAACUUGAUCAUACGCCAGCUCUGUGUUAGCCUCAGCGCCGAGAGAAUUUACCGAACACUCGCCGACUGCAUAGAAAAAGAGGAAGAUGUGGAGUUUGCCAGUAUUAUGGUGCAGAACCUGAACAACAACCUCAUCACAGCACCGGAGCUUUCGGAGCUUCGCAAGAGGCUCCGCAACUUGGAAUCCAAGAUCGAUAAGCUGGUGCAGUUGAUAGAGUCUCCUGUGUUCACCUAUCUUCGAUUGCAGCUGCUGGAGCCGGAAAAGUAUCCCCAUUUGUACAAAUGCCUGUAUGGACUUCUGAUGCUCCUCCCACAAUCCUCCGCCUUCGCCGCCUUGAAGAACCGUCUCAACAGUGUCAGCUCGAUCGGCUACCUUCAUAUUGCACCCAAAGUGUGA